ACUCUACCAUUCAUAUCUAUAACAUUUUCUUCUUUAAUUUUAAACCUUACAAAAGUGAAAAACUGAUGUUUCAUGCAGAUGACGAGGCAAAAGUCCUAAAUGCUAUUAUAACAAGAAAUGUAAUAGCAGUCAACUGAAACAAACUGAUUACAUUAUGAAACCUUGGAAUAAUGCCAUAUAAUGGUCAUCACAAGCUUUUUUGUACUUCAAAGAAGCAAAGAGUCUGUUCAAAUGAUCCAUUAAAUGCUUAAAUGAUUAAAGUUUAUUGUCAUGUAAGGUUAAGUAUCAUGGCAAAAACUUAGCAAAACAAAAACAAAUAUCCUUUUUGCACUGAACAAACCAUAAAGCAAAUGGAGACGAUGUGCUGUGUCAGGAAUACACCAGUCGAGUUCUGAAUGAGGUGAACGGGACAUAAAACACUGACACAAGGACACUGUUUGUUUGGUUGAUGCAGUGCUGUUAUCACAGCUAACAGAGAUCAUGGUCAGGAGACAGAUGCAUGUGGUGUGGGUCGCAGCGGUUCUGAUGAGCUCAGGAGUGAUCGCACAGCAGGUUGACAUGAGCAACGCAGCUCUGACAGAGAUUCCUAAAGAUAUACCUACAAACAUCACCAGAUGGAUCCUGAGCAAUAACUCACUUGUGAUGACCGCCUCGGAUAUAAACACCUUACAGAAAUAUCCCAGGAUUACUGAGUUAGAUCUUUCUUACAACCACAUACAGAUCCUGCUUCCUGGAGCCUUUGACAAACUCACAAAUCUAAACAUUCUUAAACUGAGGGGAAAUAGCCUGCAGACCCUUGACAAAGACAUCUUAAAAGGACUGACAAAACUAAAGAUUCUGGAUCUGAAGGACAACCCAUGGAACUGCUCCUGUUCGCUCAAAAGCCUCUUCAAAGAGCUGAAUGAGUCUGGUGUAUCAAUAGGGAAAGAAGUCACUUGUGACACUCCCCAGAAAACAGCUGUGCUUGAUGGUAACCCUUCCUGCUCAAUUCAAGCCACAACAUCUGUGGAGAAAUCUACAGCUCCCACAAUGAAAACCAGAUCAACACCAGCAACGACCAUAGAGCCGACCAACAGCAGUCACAUCAAUGGCUCCAGCAAAGGGUUGAUGGCGAGGGAUGGUGGGACACAGACAGGAAGCCACAGCUGGAAGUUCCUGCUUGGUGUCGUGGCUCUAACUCUCAGCACUUCCAUGCUCAUUGUAUGCGCUGUUAAAUCUCCCUCGUGGUACAAGCUUCUGUUUAAUUACCGACAUCAGAGGCUCUGCGAGGACGUGGAGCACAGCGUCUUCAAUACCGGACGCUUUUCCAACUUCAGUCUGGACACAGAGCAGACGGACACAAGUGCUCAGGAGCUGGACACUGGACUGAGUCUGCAGCCCUUUGAGGAUGAUGAUGAUGAUGAUGGUUUUAUAGAGGACGGUUACAUUGAGCCGGGAAACUACAAAGAACAAACGGAUGCUAACGAGUCAUGAGCAAGAUCUCUGACAGAAGAAGAAGCUGGCUGUAAACGAGAAAAAAAAAGCUACAAACUCAUGCAUUAAACUAUGAGGAUCAUUUUAUUCCAGUGCAGUAAGGCAACAUGAAAAAGCCAUUAAAAAUUAAAAACCCAAGGAUCUCUGAACUGGAAAUGCAAAUGCAUGCAUCUCAGCAGAUUAAAAAAAAUAGUGUGUAAAUGCUGUAAUUUUUGCUUUUAAAAAAAAUUAUUACUCAAUCUCUCUUUUUAAAAGCUUGUCAGUGAUGUAUGCAAGGAUAUAAACUGUUUGCAUGUAGUUUUUUCUGCAGCAUGUAGAAUUAUUUAAAAAGAAGCUCUGGCAUGAUUGAACUGAAGAGCAGUCAUACUCAGGAGUACUCAUCUGCUGCCCUCUUGUGCACAAACAUGUAACUGUGAAAAAACAAAACUACUUACUCUCUUCUCUCUGUGAAUAUCACGUCCAUACUUUGAGCUUCUCUGUCAUUCUGUGCUUUCAGCUAAUGAGACAAACAUAAAAUAAACUCAGCAGGAAUAUGAGAAGAGCAAAGAGGAAGAUGCUGCCAUUUAAAUGAAGUUGUCUCACCAUGUUGAUGUCAUUCACGACUUCAUCCAUCUCAGUGUUUGUGUUCAGCUUGUCAACUAGCUGAUAAUUAAAAGAGCAUAUAAAGAAGGUUUUAUUGAUUCAAAAUAAAGAGACUUGUAGUACUUCCACUAAUCGUUUUAAAUUAGUGUACCAUGUUGUAAUCUGCCAGUUGCCCUUGAAGAUCUUUUAUUUCCCCAGCUAGGAUUUCUGCUCUGUUCACAGAAAAAGUUUUAAAACAUUUAAUAAAUUCAUUACUGCAUCCUAA